AUGUUAUUCAUCAGACGCUUUUAUCCAAAGCGACUUACAAUAAAACCUGUUGUCGUUUAUGUAUGGGUGGUGACGGGAAUCGAACCCAUUACCCUGGCGUUGCAAGCGUCAUGCUCUAUCAACUGAACUACGAAGGAGCACUUCAACAUCAAUAGAAUGUUGACAAGCAAUUUUAAAGGAUUCUAAAAACCUGAGAACAAUCGACUGGAAAAUGCCUGGGUGCUUUUCAAGACUGGCGGAGAGAGUGCGUGGACGUCUGCGGCCUACUGCGUCGACAGGUUGUUCAAACUCAUUUGUGGCUUGUUUUUCUUGUCUUUUUCUGUUUUGCAGGGUUCGUGAUCGUCGACAGAUGGACAGUGACAGCGACUUCGAAGAGGAAACAACUGUCCUGGAUGAGGUCCAGUUGGAUGUGCCAUUGGAAGAUGUUCCACAGCUGCCAGUCCUCCUUGAUGUCCAGAAUGCUGCUAUCAUCCUUGAGGAUGUGCCAGAUGUGCAGACUAUCCUUGAGGAGGCCACUGGCAAUUGGCAGUUGAUUCUGAUUAGGUUCAGCCCCCUGUAUUGUGGGCCUGUUGUGAUCAGGAACAAUGCCGGUCCGGUGGUUAUAGCUUGGAGAACUUUCCAGUUCAUCAGCCCCAUCAUCACCUACAUGCGUGGGGGAUCCCAGCAGGUGGUGGUGAGGAUGCACCACGUGAGUAGGGUGACAGGCCUGGAGACUCAACUGGUGUGGGCCAUCUCCAAGGAGACAGCCAGGCUUAGUCCAGAGGGCAUCCCCUACUGUGCCACCAAAGUGCAGUCCAUCACUUGGAUCCAGCGUGUGGCUGGCAGGGUGACCCACUAUGCGUCUCACCUCUGCCACGAGACGUCUGUGGACGUGACGCUUGGCUGCUACCAGCAGACUGAUGUCUCAGUGGUGUACACCACUCUCCACAUGGGGCUGGACGGGCUUCUCUCCUCUUCAGCGUGGUCGGAGGCUGCCUCCUUCUUUACGCCCACCACUCAGCACUUCACUGACUCAGAGCCUGAGGGCCACAACUGCCAUGAGAGCUGGGAGGAGGACCUGCUGCCUGAGGAGAGGGAGGUUCCUCUGCUAAACCUCUACCUUACCACCAAGAAAGUGGAGGACAUCGCCCUGAGGCUCGUCUCCCUGCGCCAGGCCUUCACUACCCUGCUUGGUUCCACCCUGAGCAGGAACCAUCUGUUUGUGGCGGGAAAGGUCCUCCUGGGCGCACUGGUUCAGGCCAACCACAUGGACGAGGCCAAGUUCAUAAGUACCUAUAACGACUUUGUGGACUACCUGAGUGACCCCUCCAAGCGGAAUGACAUUGAGAGGGAGCUGGCUGAGGCAAAGAUCCAUCAUAUGAACAUGAUAGAUGUCCUCUUUGAGCUGGUGCUGUUUGGGAUGAUGACAGCUCAGAAGUCCCUGAUGGUGCAUCCUGGUGGGUUCGUGGAGCGUCUGUACGCUCUCCUGUACUCCUUCCUGCCCACUGCUGCCAACAUGGAGCCAGAGGCUGACAGAUACCUGCUGCAGCUCAAUGAUUCUUGUGACACUUUGCCACCCAACAGGGAUCUAGACACCAAUGCACUACAUUACUUUGCACAGAUUUUUACAUUUUUAAAUAAAAUAAGUUGUAGUUCAAAAACAUUUUGGUUUCCGUCUUUUCAUUUAUUUGAUUUCAUGACAUUUUCCUAGAGUUAUAAUAUUGAUAUUAGAUUAUUACAUGAACAAUGAUGCUUUAUUU